AUGGAGGAACAAGGCCAGGUCGUCCAGCUCACGCAGGAAGAGCAUGCUGCCCACAUGGCGCAGAUGGAGGCGCAGCUCAAGGUCUUCUGGGCAGGGCAGCUGGCCGAAAUGGAGAAGCUCGAGGUCGGCAGCGAGCAAGACUUCAAGAACCACAACGACCUGCCGCUGGCGCGCAUCAAGCGCAUCAUGAAGUCGGACGAGGACGUGCGCAUGAUCAGCGCGGAGGCGCCUGUGCUCUUCGCCAAGGCCUGUGAGAUGUUCAUCCUCGAACUCACGUUGAGAUCAUGGGGCUACUCGGAGAAGAACAAGCGCCGGACGCUGCAGAAGGAAGACAUCCAAACCGCGAUCCGCAACACGGAUAUUUUUGACUUCCUCGUCGACGUGAUCAACUAA